AUGCAGUCUAUGCAGCGGCAGUUCGGAAAGCUGCUCCAUAGAGCCCCCGGGGACAACGCCCGGGUCGCUGUCCUGUUGAACGAUUACGAGGAUGCCGACAGGCUUCUUGCCAAGAUCGUCGAGCAGACCAAGUCGUGGCGCGAGUCCUGGAUCAGUCUGGUAGUGUCGCAGUUGGGCAUUGUCACCGAGUUUGAUAGCCUCUGGGACCCCAUCGUCGGCGCCUCUGACGGUCACGGAAAACCAGCUGCACCCACGCCAGAGCUCCAGCUCGAACGGACGUUGAAGUUGAAGGAGGCAUACACCGAACUAAAAAGGGAAUUGCUCGAUGAGGUCGGCCAAAUCGAAUCCACCAUAAUCAGACCGGCCACCGACGCUCGCGAUUGCAUUGCUCCGUUGCGGAAGACGAUCAAGAAGCGGGAAAAUAAGAGGCUAGAUUACGAGAAGUGUCAGGAUAAGGCCAACAAGCUGCAGAGGAAGAUGUCACGCACGCCCAAGGAGGAUGCGUCCCUAGCGAAGGCCGAGGACGAGGUUACGCGGGCAGCUGAGGAAUUCAACGUUGCGGACGCGCAUCUGAGGGAGACUUUGCCGCCCCUCGUAGCGGCAACAUUCAGUAUUAUGCCACCGCUCCUAGCAGCGGUGGUGUUGAUCCAGAACCGGUUGCUGGGGCUGUAUUAUACCACUCUCCACAACUACUGCCAGGAUUAUUCCUUCCCGUCACCACCUCCGCCGAUGGAAAGCGUGACAUCCGCGUGGUCGGCCGACUAUGAACCCGUCAAGCGCGAGGUCGAAUCGAUAACGUGUAUCGCAUCGGGCAAGGCUGCCAGGCAGCCAAUGAGAUUACCGGACGACACGGGCAACACGGGGGACCGGAAACCAUCCGCCUCAUCUAUCACGACCGAGAGUGGGCUCCGCCGUUCAUCAUCCGGGCUCCUAGGAAGCGGCAAUGAUACCCCGCCUCCGACAGGCCCACGACCAACUCGCAUCCCUUCGUCCACCUCGAUAUCGUCUCAAGCCAGCACCGGAACGCAGUCGAGACCACCACCUGCUAGUUACGGCAAUCAUCUCACCCCAACCGAUUUCACUACCGCGUCCCGGCUCGCCCAGGCGCCGACACCGUCUACGUCGCCCGGCUCCACUCAGCCACGAGCUGAUUACUUCAGCAAACCGUUGAGCGCGUCGACUUCGUCAACUAGCAUAGCCUCCAUCGCGGCUAAGAAGAAGCCGCCGCCGCCGCCGCCGCCUAAGAAGAAUGGGCUGGGGCGGCCCGACGAGUUCGUGAUUGCCCAGUACGACUUCAUCGGACAGGGUGCCGGCGACUUGUCCUUCCGCGAGGGCGACAGGAUCAAGGUCGUCAAGAAGACGGAUACGGAUCAGGACUGGUGGGUCGGCGAGAUGAACGGCGUCCGGGGCAGCUUCCCGGCGAAUUAUUGCAGGGGAAAGUAG